AUGGACGUCCGCCAAGUGCCAAUGGUUGACGUCGCAGCCCUCAUUGCAUUCCCCAAUGAUGUCGAGGUAGAUGCCGCGCUUCGCGCCAAGGAUGGAGACCCCCGCAAAAUUGUCGAGGAGAUUGGAGCGGCUGCGAACGAGUGGGGAUUUUUCUAUAUCGCUAACCACGGACUGUCAGAGCAAGAAAUGGCCAAGUUCCAAAAAGCCAUGCGCUCCUUCUUCGAUCUCCCAAGGACGUCAAGCUGGAUCAGCGAGGAAGCCCUACCAGGUUUCCACAACGAGAUGACCACGUACUUCAACAAGAUGGAGUACAUCGCACGUCGCUUGCUAAAGGUAUUUGCCGUCGCUCUCGGCGAAGAGCCCACAUUCUUUGACCAGUUCUUUCAUGACGAGAACUCGAGUCACAUGCGUCUGAACCACUACCCCGCGACUGAAGACCCAGAGAAGACAAUGGGCGUCUACCAUCACACAGACGCUGGUGCUCUCACUAUUCUUCUUCAAGAUGAUGACGUUGCGUCGUUGCAGGCUUUUCACCGUCCGUCUCAAACGUGGGCCAACCUACACAAUCAACAUCGGCGACAUGGUGCAGCACCUUUCUUCUACAACCCGUCGUACAAAGCUCAAGUGGAGCCCAUUGUAAUGAAGCCUGGUGAUGUAGCCAAUUACCGCCAGCUGAGCUGGGGUGAGUUCCGCCUGAGGCGCUACCAGGGCAACGUCACUGACAAGGGCAAGGAGAUUCAGAUUGGUGACUUCAAGGUCCGUGGCCCCAUUGACGUAGCCAACUCGUAA